CCUGCAUACUACAUGGACAAAUUUUUCCCAUUCACGUCAUCAACUGGGAGGAGCGAGAGCACCAACUCUCUGUUCAAAGGCUACGUCCUCCGAAAGGACUCGAUUGCAACGUUUUUCAACCAGUACCAGAUUGUUCAGGAAAAGAAGCAUAGCGACCUUGAUCGACUGAGAGAGAAAUCAGAACUGAGAGAACAACGUUACUGGAGUUACGACCCUAUGGAAAGAGAGGCUGCAAAGAUAUACACACCACCAAUAUACGCCAAAUUUGUGGAAGAGAUGAAAAAAACCACAGCUUACAGAGUUGAGGUCGUUGCUGCUGCUGGUGAAACAAGAGCAUUUCUUGUGACAAGGCGUGGCGAAUACCAGGACGCAGAGUUUUCAAAGAGGAUAUACACUGUGUCAAUAUCACCUGAUGAUGUCUACCGCUGCUCAUGUUCCAAGUUCAAUCGGGACGGUUUGCAUUGCUGCCACGUCCUAGCGGUAGCAAGACACAUUGGGUUGAGUAGCCUCCCUGAAAGCUUUAUAAAUCCUAGGUGGACAGUAGCUGCAGGGCAUGUGUUAGCUAUGAUGACGGAUGGAAAUGUUGGUCAAAAUGGACAGAGAACACACUUGACAGUCAGGCAUUCUAUAGUCAUGAGCCAGGUGUCGGACGCAUUGUCAAACGAAUGCACGGACGACAGGUCGUACGACCUGUUCGUGGAAGGAAUUGGUGAGGCAAUAAACAAAGUCAGGUUAGACAAGCGGCUCCGCCAAGAACAACAACUCUCAGGUGGGAAGCGACGGUGUAUUGAUGAUCCUCAGCAACUGAAUGUUGAUGCCAGGCAGGAGGGGGAUGGCGACCUGCAUAUCCCUACGCAGGUGCAUCAAAACAUUGUGUCUACCAUUGGUGCGUCUAGCAUGGGUGGCGUUGAGGUGCAUCAAACAUUUGGGUUGAGAGACCCCCCGCUGUCACGCACAAAAGGUUUCAACCUUGGUGAUAGGCCAAAGUCCAUGUAUGAAAAGGCUUCUGAUAAGCUUAAGAAACAAAAAGCAGUAAGGAAGUGUUCCAAGUGCAGGCUGCCAGGCCAUAAAAAGCCACAAUGCCCCCAAAAUAAUCCGGUGACAUAACGCAACGUCGUGGGCAGAGAGCUACAACGCACAUAGGAUGCUACGGGAAAGAAAUGGAGGCAAUUAUCUUCUUGGGGCACUUUUUUUUUGCAUGGUGGCGCAGAGAAAAACGAUGAGCAUUUUUACUUGUGUAUAUGUUACCGAACCUGAUACUAGCAGGAAGAAAAAGUGGACGAAAAAAGGAAG